GCAGAUGGGAUCCUGUGGACGGUGCAGUGUUGGAGGGGUGAAACGUCGUGGACAUCAUAUUUUCAGAAUUGUUCUUAAAAUGGAUAAAGUAACUAUCCCUGCGUUUGAGCGGAACAUGGAGUGUUGUUGAUGCAGCUCGCAUGACGCCGCUGACGAGUUGGCGACAAGGGAUAGGAAGGGAGCUCUAAAGAAAAGGCGAUACAGUCCUGUGGCGGUACCAUACGUAGGACUACGAAGCCCAUCUAUACGUGCAAAAGAUAUCAUAAUGCUUUCAAUGAUUUAAGUACAAUGAGUAUUGUUGAGAAAAGGAUGUGACACAUGUGGAAUAAAAACAGUACCACCGGCACCGUGACUGAUCCGAAACUCUGAGUCUCUGUACCUCAAGUGGCCCACGUCGUGCCAUCUGUAGAACUUGUUCGCGUAUGUUAUACCCACAACUUUGUAUUUGUUUAAUCGUGUGUAAUGUGGACAGGAAAGGAACUCAUGGCACGUCUAUCAAUUACAAGAACUUUACUAUUCAUGGUUGCCGUGUCAUUCCUUACCACUGUAUACAUUAUGGUGUCUUACAAUAACUGUGAAUGUGCAUUCCCAAGCUAUAAAUUACCAGCGCCAGGAACAUACAGACGAGACGACCAUGAAGACAAUCCUUUGCCUAAUAUCGUAAAACCAGGUGAUGAAAUCCCAAUUGAUAAUAAUAAUAAUAAUAAUCAUGAUGAUAUAGGACAUGAUAGAAAUUAUCGAGAGGAUGAUCAUGAUGAUGACGAAGAUGGAGGUGAUGAUGGAGACGAUAUGGAAUAUAAAACUAAGCACAAAUUGGGAAUUAUAGUGCCGUUUAGAGACAGACUUGAAGAACUUCUUGAAUUUGUUCCGUAUAUGCAUGAAUUCUUGGCACAACAAAAUGUCCAGUAUCAUAUUUAUGUUAUCCAUCAAGUUGAUUCACACAGAUUCAAUAGGGCGUCUCUUUUAAAUGUUGGUUUUCUUCAUAGCAAGUUAGACUGUGACUACUUAGUGAUGCAUGAUGUUGACCUUUUACCUGUGAACCCUGACCUCCAUUACAAGUACAGUAUGGUUGAAAUAGGACCACAUCACAUAUCUUCACCUGAACUCCAUCCUAAGUAUCAUUAUAAAACUUUUGUUGGAGGAAUUCUGAUGAUGAAAAAUGAACAUUUUGAACUGACUAAUGGUCUUUCUAAUAAGUACUGGGGAUGGGGUAGGGAGGAUGAUGAGUUCUACGUAAGAAUGAGAGAAGCUAAUUUACAGAUCACAUAUCCACAAGACAUUGAUACAGGCUAUGAGUCGUUUAGACAUAUACACAGUUCCAAACGAGAUCGUGAUAAAAAACGAUAUUUUAAUCAAAAAGAGGAAUCUAGACGAAGAGAUCGAAUUACAGGAUUAGACACCGUCAGGUACGAAUUAGUAAGUAAACAUGAAAUGCAUAUAGACGGCGCACCCAUUACAAUGAUUAAUGUUAUAUUGGAUUGUGACAAAACUGUUACUCCAUGGUGUGACGUUCCAGAACAAGUAUAAAAGAUGAUUUUUAAACAUUUAAAUUUUUAAAAAUAUAAUUUUAGCAAAAGAAUCGUGUAAUUUCAUGAUCAAUGAUUGGCAUGUUUAAGAAAUUUUUCCAUGACAAAGUGUUGUUAAAUAAAUUCUCUUUUUAAAUAAAAUAAAACUUAGAUAUUUGUGAUUUGCC